CAGAGUAAGCAUGAUUUAGGUCCUCUCUAUUAAGCCAUUCCAUUUGGUGAGAUCUAGGGAGCCUUAUAUGCUAGCACCUGCCAUUGACAACACCAUCUCCCCUGAGAUUCAUCUGAACCUCAUUUAGUUGGUGUUUAAAAGAGACUUGAAAUCUUGGCUGUUCCCUCAGACCUUGGCCUGAACAACUAGUGGGCUCUCUGCAUUUCUUUUGGAUAAAGUAACUUUGACUUCUGGACUUUUGGUGUUUCCCAUUUGUAUUUUAUCUCUAGUUUAUUUGUACUUUUUAUUCUACACUACACAGAAUCAUUAUAGUGUUUGGUAACCUUAUAUAUUUUAUAAAAUCAGUCAGUCAAUCAAUGCAUUAUUUCAGCUUUAGGAAAAUAUUUUUUAGUUACAUCUACAUAUGUCGUCAUGGUUUAAGAAAUCCGGUUAGCUAAAGAAAUAGUGCAGAAAGAUAUUUGUUCAUUUUUAUUAGGAGCAAUAGCUAAUCUUGGAAAGAAUAGACUAAAGGAAGAUUUCAGGUAUUAGCUUAUAUUGCUUUGAGUAGUAAAAGAAGUAGUGAGACAAUCCCCAUAUAAAUAAAACAAUCUAUUUUAGUCAUAGUAUUAAUAGAUAUUAUGCCUAUUGAGGCAAUAUGCAUAGAUUAGGAAACAGUUCCGCACUGAUCUCCCUCUCUUUCUCUGUAUGUAUAUACAUAUUCAUAUAUUCAUAUUCCUUUUUUUCUAGAUGCAUAGUUAGUAGUCAAACAUGAUUUUAAUGUUAGAUAAAUCCCAGAAUAUUAUUUUUUUAUAAGAUAGAUACAAGGAUUGCUGAUCCAGCAUUAAAACGAACCUUGAUCCACUAUUUGAAGGAUAAUAAGUUAAAUUGCUUAGGAUUUUAUUCAGCUUGGAUGGCUAGUAUCCUUUAGCUACUAUAAGUAUUUUGAAUGGCUCCAUUGAAAACAAGGGUUGCACAUAGAAUUUAUUUAAUGCUGCCUGCCAUCCCAAAACAGCCCAUUCCAUAGGACAGCACUGUUUCACAUGAGACUUAGAAUCCUAUUGGAGAGAAUUGUAUAAAGAUGACAUUCCUUUUUUUAGCUUCUGAUUAAGAAUUGCCAAAGUUAAGAAUAUAUAUAGUAGUAGUGGCUAACCUAAGGCAGAUAAAGCUCCAGGUAAUGAUUUAAUAUCUCAGAUAAUAAAGGAUAAUUUGGAUUAGUGAGCUUCUGUUUUGGCUUUGCUGUUUGUGUUCAUAGAUAACUAAAUCAAUGUACUUAAAGUACCCAAUUUUAAAAAGGGAAAAGAGAUGACCCAAGAAAUUACAGACCAUUAGUGUUGGAAACUCAGGAAUUGCUUAGGAGAACCUGGUGGAAAAAGCAACUGGCUUUUUGAAGGGAUAGUCACCUGUACACCAACAAUUGGAGCUAUGCUUUUUCCAUGUUUCUAUAUACAGAGUUCUGUCCUAUUUCUACUUUACCAGUAUUUGAAGGUUCUGAACCAGUAUUUACUUUCCCAUUCCUUACACAUUAUUUUAAGGUUACUUUCAAGUGCAAACUAGGAUUUAAACUAAUCAGUGAACGUGUAUUCACCAUGGUGUGUCUUAAGGGUAGCUGGAUACCAAAUAAAGACUUUUGCAGAAGAAUAUAUUGUGGACAGCCUCCAAAUAUUACUGAUGGAUUUCACAAUGGAAAUGCAACUACUUACCCUUUUGGAAUGAAAAUACAUUACGGUUGCAAUAAAAAUCUUUCCCUUAUUGGGGCAUCCUUUAUGGUCUGCAGUGCUAAUAAAUAUCUAGAAGGACUGUGGAAAGAGAAACCACCGAAAUGCAAAGGGGUAUUCUGUAAAGAUCCAGUGGUAGAACAUGGAAUAAUGAUAACUGAACCUGAGAAGCUAUAUAUGUAUGGAAGCAAAGUUAAAUUUCGAUGCAAAAUUGGAUAUUUUAUGAUUGGAAAUUAUUCGAUUCGAUGUGAAAAGAACAGCAUUUGGGUUCCCAUAGAACCAUCAUGUAAAAAGAUUUCUCCAGGCAUAUGUGGUCUUCCAUCGAUUCUCGAUGGCAACAUACAGCCUUUGCAAUCUCAGUAUGAAACUGGAAAAACAGCUGUCAUAACUUGCAACCAGAACUAUUCUUUUAUUGAUGACACCAUAACAAUGACUACACAGUGUCAAGGUUAUAAUCUCUGGAAUCCGCCUUUACAAUUAUGUUUCUUUAAAACUUCACCAGAUAAUUUUCAACUUUUCAUCAAACAUGGAAAAAUAGUCUAUGGGAAGAAAAAAUAUUACAAUCCUGGGGAUGAGGUGGAUAUUGCAUGCCAUGCUGGCUAUGUAUUGAUAGGGCCAUCUAAGAUUAAAUAUAUUGGUGGGAAGAAAUGGCUUCCUAAUGUCCCAAAUUGUCAUCUGAGACUUGGUCUUGUGAAGCCGGAAUUAGGCCUUCUGUCUUUUUCUUCAACUUUCCUGAUCUUAGCUAUUGCCAGGUAUCUUCCUCAAACUAGUUAUAUUUGGUAGUACAUUACCUGUGUGGAUUCUGGCAGUCAAAAUGUUACACCAGAAAUAUAUAGAAGAAAGGUGAACAAGAAAAAAUCAGAGAAGAAUGAAAAAGGAGGAAGUGCAGACACAGCAACUGUAAUAGUUGCUUGGCUGCCCAGGGCAUGAGUAGACUGUUCCAACAUGAGAAAACUGAAAGUUGCAUGAGCUAUGACAUAUUCUGCAGUAUGUUUAGCAAGAGUAUCCAACAUCAUCGCUAUAGUGAAAGAGCUCAUAAUCAGCAAUAACUAUCAGGUUCUCUGGCUUGUAUCCUGUUGCUUUUCCUCAUAUUUGGUGGAGUGUUGUGGAUUGUUUUUACAAGAAGAAUAGUUUGUAAACACCAAGGAAGUGAAAAAGGUACUGUCUAGACUGCUUUUGCUGCAUGUGGUUUGGUCCCAUGCCAAUCCUAGUUAUUGCAAGGAGUGUAUGGAGAAGUGGCCACCUGGAUUCCUCAGAUUUUUAGUGCCUUCAUGAGGGACAUCUGCUAGCAACAUUGAAGGACGUUGUGGUGCAUCCAUUUCCAAGGAGAUCAUCUCUGGACCCUAUGCUCCUAGAUAACAAUUGUUAUCAUUCAAGCUGAAUAUAGCUGAAACUGAAACUCGAAACUGCUCAGUUAAAAUGACAGUACUGAACUAUGAAGUCCCAAAGGACAUUGAUCUAGCCAUUGCGAUGAUGGCUGUCAGGGGUUAUUAAAAACGGAAGGGGGAGGAGGGAGUAGCAUCAGUUAAGAAUGAACUCCAGAGCUUUUGGAAUUCCAACAAGUGCUUGAGGAAACAUCUUGAACUCAGUUCAAAUUCAUUUUUCUAGAGAGAAAUUCCAAUCACACAUCAAUGUGUAUUCACUGGUGGCAAAAUACAGAAAUAAACUACUGUACAAAAAUCAGACAACAAUGCCAUCUACUGUUGGUAUUAUAUUACACUUUCAUAUCAAAUAUAAAUUAUUUUUUAACAUUUUGUAUAAUUUUUUUCUUUACACUGUUGAACAAAUAUUUUUUAGAACAGUUCUGCAAUAGAAACAGCCAGAUAUUUUAAACAUACAUCAGUUUGUAUGUAUUACAAUUUAAAGCAAUUUUAACAAAUGUAUCAAUAACAUGUAUAAAAUAAUUACAAUA